AUGGAGGGCCCUGAAUACUUUGGGCAAAUCCUUGCCAACAUGGAUGCUGACGACGGCAGUAUUCUGCGAGCAACGGCUAUCGCUAGCGCAGUUGGCUUUCUGGAGUACUUCUACUGUGUCUAUCCUACACACAAGGAUGGCAGGGGCCCGUUUCCCCUCUGGAUGUAUCUCUUCUACCUGGCACAUGACUCGACCUGGUGCUACCUUCUGGCGCAGGAGGCACCAAAGUACAACAACCACAUCUUCUUGACAGGCACGUCCAAGGGCCUGGCGCUCUGGAGUGCACUCGAGAUAUAUUGCACUUACCGGCUUAUCGUGGUUGAGCGCGAGGGACUGUUCAGCCGGUCGCAGAGUGCGACGCGGCGUUUUCAAGCCUACAUUCAUGCUGCGCUGCUUCUGCUCGUGUUCUACGGCACUAUACUCUCUCUCAUCUACAUGGUUGGUCGCCAGGGCUGGAUGCAAUGGACCAUCUUCACCAACAUGGUCAUGGCGGUUGGCCCCGGUGCCUUGUGGCUGGAGCGUGGCUCGCGAAGGGGCACUUCGCUGGGCCUUGCUGCUGUCAUUAUCGUCGGCACUGUGAAUUCUUUCACGCCUUACUCGCAGUGGGUGCUUGCGGUCCCGGAAAUCUUUGACAACAAUCUUUACUAUGGUGCUGGCGUCGCUUGCACCUUGUACUCUGUGUACAAUUUCUACAUUGUGGCAUCUCUGCCCGAGGACGAUAAGAGUGGAAAGAAAGCGUAG